AUGGCUCCGCGCAACCUCCAAGCUGCACAAGGCAGCAAUUAUGACUCGAAUGCAAAUGAGAUGGACCCCAGCGGCUACAUUGUCGAGUCUGCGCAACCCAUCGAUCCAGAGGUGGCGAAAAGGGCACUGAGGAAGAUCGACCUCUUUCUCAUGCCCGCCAUGGUCAUUGGCUAUGGUCUCGUCUACUACGACAAAGCCAUUCUCGGCAGCGCUGCCCUCUUUGGCAUGACCUCGGACCUGCGCCUCUCGGUUGUAGACCCGGCCACCGGUACGGCAGACACCACCCGCUUGAGCUGGGCCACGUCCAUAUUCUACUUUGGCCAGCUCGUCGGCUCCUACCCCAUGAUAUACACGCUCCAGCGCUUCCGGACCCGUCAUGUACUCCCGUCGGUCGUCAUGGUCUGGGCCGUGAUAUGCGCCGCCACCGCGGGCGUCACGACCUGGCAGGGUCUCCUGGUCCAGAGGUUCUUCCUUGGUUUCACCGAGGCCAUUAUCCCGACCGCCUUUGUGACCACCGUGAGCGGCUUCUAUACGCAGUCCGAGCAGGCCCUUCGCCAAAGCUGCUGGCUGUCUGCCACCGGAUGGUUCAUCGUUAUAGGUGGCGCCCUGAACUACGCAUUUUCCCAGAUCCGCGGUGGUGCUCUGACUUCAUGGCAAUACAUUUAUGUGCUCGCCGGCGCCCUGACCUUUUUGUUUGGCAUAUGGUGUGUUUUCCUGCCCAACUCCCCGCUUGACGCAUGGUUCCUCACUCCGGAAGAGCGAGUCGCUGCUCUGGAGAGGCUCCGGGCAGGCCAGACGGGAGUGAGGCGCGACGUGCAUGAGAUUAAGAUGGGGCAGGUCGUGGAGGCUCUUUGCGACAUCAAGGUCUGGCUCGUUUUUGUCAUUAUGGCAGCCGCAUAUACCGUCAACGGUGCAGUCUCUGGUUUCGGCCCCUUGAUCGUCUCUACCUUUGGCUACUCUGCCCUAGACAGCAUACUCUUCCAGUUUCCUCUCGGCCUGAUCAGCGCCGUCGGCAUUCUCCUCACCGGCUGGUUCUCGGCGCGCACCCCCAACAUCCGCAUCCCGCUCCUGAUCGCCUGCUGUCUACCCGUCGUCGCCGGCUUCGUCACCAUUUGGAAGUCGGACUGGGGCGGCGUCAACAGUAGGCCCGUCGCUCCCGUGGUCGGCUACUCGCUCAUUGGCUUCUUUGGGCCAGCCGUGAGCCUGACGGUCGCUCUUGGAGCGGGCAACGUUGCAGGCGAGACCAAGAAGAGCUUCGUCGCGGCGGCAGUGUUUGUGGCGUACUGCGUCGGCAACAUUGUCGGUCCGCUGAUGGUCAGGAGUCAGAGCAGGAGAGAGCACUAUCCCGAGCUAUGGAUUGGGUUAAUUGUCUGCUACUGUAUUGUGAUUACCUCGGCCUCGGCGCUUUAUUUCGUACUCCGACGAGAGAACAAGAUGCGCGCGCAGCUGCCAGAAGACCAGGAGGAGCGUGACAGAUUGGCGUUCAAGGAUCUUACAGACAAGGAGAACAAGUACUUUAGAUAUGUGAUGUAA